AUGGCAUCGACCGAAGGAAAGACUAUCACUUGCAAGGCUGCCGUUGCUUGGGAGGCUGGCAAGCCGCUCUCGAUCGAGACGGUCGAGGUCGCGCCUCCCCGUGCUGGCGAGGUUCGCAUCAAGAUCCUCUACACCGGUAUCUGCCACACCGACGACUACACCCUCUCGGGCAAUGACCCCGAGGGCGUCUUCCCCGUCAUCCUCGGACACGAGGGCGGCGGUGUGGUCGAGUCGGUCGGUGAGGGCGUCGACAACGUCAAGGUCGGCGACCACGUCGUGCCCCUCUACACUGCCGAGUGCCGCGAGUGCAAGAUGUGCAAGUCGGGCAAGACCAACCUCUGCGGUGCGGUACGCGCCACCCAGGGCCAGGGCGUCAUGCCCGACGGCACUAAGCGCUUCACCUGCAAGGGCCAGGAGCUGUACCACUUUAUGGGCUGCUCGACCUUCUCGCAGUACACUGUCGUGUCCAAGUACUCUGUCGUCGCGAUCGACCCCAAGGCGUCGCUCGAGAAGGCGUGCCUCCUCGGGUGCGGCAUCACCACCGGUUACGGUGCGGCGACCAAGUCGCCUGGCAUCGAAGGCUCCACCGUCGCCGUCUUUGGUGUCGGCUGUGUCGGUCUCUCGGUGAUCCAGGGAGCUCGCGCCAAGGGCUGCACCAAGAUCAUUGCAAUCGACAUCAAUGACAAGAAGCGCGAGUGGGCCAAGAAGUUUGGCGCAACCGACUUUGUCAACCCCACCGAUCUCAAGGGCCAGACUGUUGUCGAGAAGCUUGUUGAGAUGACGGACGGCGGCCUCGACUUCACUUUCGACUGCACUGGCAACGUGAACGUGAUGCGCCAGGCCCUCGAGUGCUGCCACAAGGGCUGGGGUGUGUGCAACAUUAUCGGUGUUGCGCCGGCGGGUGCCGAGAUCGCGACGCGUCCGUUCCAGCUCGUCACUGGCCGCGUGUGGAAGGGCUCGGCUUUCGGAGGCGUCAAGGGCCGCACUGAGCUGCCGGGCCUCGUGGCCGACUACCAGAACGGCAAGCUCUGGGUCGACCAGUUUGUCACGCACCACCAGCCGCUCGACAAGAUCAACGCCGGCUUUGACGACAUGCACGCCGGCGACUGCAUCCGCUGUGUUGUCGACAUGGGUUUUGGCGAGACCCAGUAG